AGCUCGGUCUGAGGGCGUUAACCCGACGCGGCGCUGAAGCAGCCUUCGCAGCGGGGGGUGAGUGUCUCCGCGUUACUUCCUGUCUCACCGACAGGCGAGCCCCACAGAGAGGAAACCAGACCCACUAGCGCGUCUCGCAGAGGAGUCGGCGGCGCGAUGAUGGACUGACUGAUCGGCUGCGUCGUCGAGACGACAAACGCUGGAGCAUGAAUGAAGCAGGAUCAGAAAGUAAGGACCACUGCCCCGAGAUCGUGCGUCCAUGUCUGCGGAGCCUCCCUUCAGUCCCACCGCGCCGGCUCUGGUCCAGUUCCAGCUGGGGCUGUUCAGGGAGAUGGUUCGGGUCCCGCCCGGCAACCUGAGCUACCGCCACGCCCGCCGACUGGCGGCCGAGGUCAUAGAGAGAAAGGCUCCAGACUGCAGCGUAGUGGGCUCUGGUGAGAAGAUCCUGUUGUUCAGACACCAACCCGCCUCGGAGCAGCUGCUGCAGCGGCUGACGGACCGAGACGAGCUGCAGGACGGAGACCUGAUCGAGAUCGUCGUCGCAGGAUCAGCCUCUGUGGCCGAGAUGAGGAUGCGUCCACACUCCCUGGUGGUCCAGUCGUACCGGACCCCCACCUUCUGUCACCACUGUGGGGAGAUGCUGUGGGGCCUCGUGCGACAGGGACUAAGAUGUGAAGGAUGCGGUUUAGACUUCCACAAACGCUGCGCCUUCCUGCUGCCCAACGACUGCAGUCGAAUCCGGCGGCAGGUCAGCACCAGCUUCUCCCUGUUCCCGCCUCGGAGGCCGCGCACGCACUCUCUCUCCAGUCAGGCCGGAGGCAGCCUGGAGGAGAUCAGCUUGUCCAAGCCGUUGUCCAGGCCGCCGUCGUGGAACGAGCCGCCCGUCUGGCUCGGGGACAAGAGCAGGCCUCAGGUCCCCCACACCUUCCACAUCCACAGCUACACCAAACCCACAGUGUGCCAGUACUGCCACCGGCUGCUCAAAGGGCUCUUCAGGCAGGGGCUGCAGUGCUCAGACUGCAGGUUCAACUGCCACCGGCGCUGCGAGCCUUUAGUCCCCAGAGACUGUCCGGGAGAGAGGAGGGCCGUCAACGGGGACGACUCCUCGGCGGCCGCUCACAGCUUCCCACAGGAUUCAGAGGACGCCGAGUCGGAGCUCGCCAGCUCAACACUAGACACCUCAGAGGACGAGAUGUCCUCCGACGGAGACUCGCUGCCGGAGAUGGUGGAGGUGGAGUUGCUGAGAGAGCCAAUGAGCCCCUGUUUCAGCAGCAACAUCCCCCUGAUGAGGCUCGUCCAGUCGGCGCAUCACACUAAGAGGAGAGCAGCAGGAGUCCUGAGGGAGGGCUGGCUGCUGCACCAUACCAACACAGACACACUGAGGAAACGUCAUUACUGGAUCCUGGACUGGAAAACCAUUACUUUGUACCAGAAUGAGAGCAGCACCAAGUACUACAAGGAGAUCCCUCUGUCAGAGGUGCUGCAGGUGCGAGGCCCCGCCCACCUCGCCAUGCCCUCCUUGCCGGGCACCGACCUGCACUCCUUUGAGCUGGUGACAGGCUCGCUGGUGUUCUGCGUGCAAGCCGGUGAAGACGGCGCGGCGUGGGAGAGCGCCAUCUGUCAGGCUCUGAUGCCCGUGCAGAGCAGCAGAGGACCAGGCGAGGAGCACCAAGAUAAAGACCAGCACGGAGUCGGUGUGGACAUCAGCUCGGUGUAUCAGAUCUUUACAGAUGAAGUUCUGGGUUCAGGGCAGUUUGGAGUCGUGUACAAAGGUACUCACAGGAAGUUGGGCCGUUCGGUCGCCAUCAAAGUCAUCGACAAGACCCGCUUCCCGACCCAACAGGAGAGACAGCUGAGGAACGAAGUGGCCAUUCUGCAGAAUCUGUCCCACCAUGGAGUUGUGGUGCUGGAAGGGAUGUUUGAAACGUCCAGACAUGUUUUCGUGGUCAUGGAGAAGCUCCACGGAGACAUGCUGGAGAUGAUUCUGUCCAGUGAGAAGGGCCGGCUCCCUGAACGCAUCACUCGGUUCUUGGUUAUACAGAUCCUCGAGGCGCUGCGGUACCUCCACCUGAAACACGUCGCCCACUGCGACCUGAAGCCAGAGAACGUGCUGCUGGUCUCCGCCGACCCCUUCCCUCAGGUGAAGCUGUGCGACUUCGGCUUCGCGCGCAUCAUCGGCGAGAAGUCGUUCCGCCGCUCGGUGGUGGGCACUCCGGCCUACCUGGCCCCCGAGGUGAUUAGCAGCAGCGGCUACAACCGCUCCCUGGACAUGUGGUCCGUGGGCGUCAUCAUGUACGUGAGCCUCAGCGGGACGUUCCCCUUCAACGAGGACGAGGACAUCCGCCAGCAGAUCACCAACGCCGCCUUCAUGUACCCCCGCCAGCCCUGGGCCAACAUCUCACUGGAAGCUGUGAGCCUCAUCAACAACCUGCUGCAGGUGGCUGUGAGACGCAGGUACACCGUGGGAAAAGCUCUGGGGCAUUCCUGGCUGCAGAACUUCCAGCUGUGGUGCGACCUGAGGGAGUUCGAGCUGAGGAUGGGCUGCAGGUAUCUGACGCACGAGGGGGACGAGGAGCACUGGAGUCGCUUCGCUCUGGAAAGAGGCCUGAUGUUUCCCUCCCAUCUCUGCUGGGACUCCAGCAGCGAAAUGGACAUGUGAAUUAAAAAGAAACCAACACAGCUGGAGCUGUUUUUGUAUCUUUUAGACUUUUUUUAUUGUUAUUUUAUAUGGACAAAUGAGAGACUGUGGUAAGUGCUGGUCAUUUAAAUAUCGUUUUAACUAAGCCAUAGACUACUAUUAUAAUUUUUAGAUGAGUUGAAGAGUCUGAAAUCGUGGAAGAAAAACACACAAACUGCUG